AGAAUGUCUGAAUGUAUCCAGCUUUCAUUUGCUGUUUGUAGAAUUGGCAUUUACACGUGCUUUCGAGCGCUUUGCUGCAAAGGACCUCCACCGCCACGACCAGAGUAUGACUUGGUUUGUAUAGGUCUCACUAGAUCGGGCAAGACCAGUCUGCUAUCACAGCUCUGCAGUGAAAAUAGAGAGAACAUUGUGUCUACAACAGGUUUUAGCAUAAAAGCAGUGCCAUUCCAGAAUGCCGUCUUGAAUGUAAAAGAGCUUGGAGGGGCUGACAAUAUCAGGAAAUACUGGAGUCGUUACUACCAGGGAUCCCAAGGAGUAAUAUUUGUAUUAGACAGUGCCUCUUCAGAAGAUGACCUAGAAACAGCUAGAAACGAACUGCACUCUGCGCUUCAGCACCCACAGCUAUGCACGUUGCCAUUUCUAAUAUUGGCCAAUCAUCAAGACAAACCAGCAGCUCGUUCAGUACAGGAGAUAAAAAAAUAUUUGGAACUUGAACCGCUUGCACGAGGAAAACGCUGGAUACUUAAGCCAUGUUCCUUGGAUGACAUGGAAGCUGUAAAAGACAGCUUUGGUCUGCUGAUCAAUUUACUAGAAGACAGAGAUCUCGAGCCUGCCCAAAUCUGAAAAGAAACAAGAAUGGCUGUUGGAUAGCGUUGUACCUGUUCGUCUUGCUUUCUGCUGAAUUAUGGUUUGAUAUUGAGGAGACUGCGUUAGAGCUUGCAAUAAAUAUAUUUUUGUGUUUAGUCUGGAAAACU